UAGCUUAGGCAUGCGUAGAGUGAUAACCAUUGCAGUCCUUCCUGAUAGCCACCGAGAUAGCGUGCUUCAAAACUGAUACAUGACAACCUAGAUUUUGAUAUACAAAUGGCUGUCUACAAGCAAAAUGUCCUUGUGACGAUGUCCAUUCUUGCGUGCGUGCCAACGUUUGUUACAAGCUUUUUGAUGCCAUCUACCUCAGUGUCUGUCGAGAAUGAAACAAUGUUCCAAGAAAUAUCCACAAAAAUUCAGACGACACGAAACACUUCACCGAUCUCAUCUAAGCAUCCAGGGACAAACCAUGCCAAGAGGGAGACGACACCGACUUCAGUACGGUACAUUAACAUGACUAAUGUACAGCCACCCUCUUCAAGUCCGUUACCACAAACAUAUACAGAUACAGAUGGGUUACACAGUACAGAGGAAACAACAGGGUCACUUGAGACCAGUGAUACAGAGAAUCCAAGCGUGCAUACAGAGACUCCAAGCCUGCAGACAGAGAAUCCAAGCCUGCAUACAGAGAAUCCAAGCCUGCAUACAGAAGAUUCACAAUCGCAUUCAGAAGGUCUACAGAAUCAGACAGAGGAUCCACACCUAUCUACAGAUAUCGAAAUAUCAAAUACAGAACAACCGGAAGUGACAUCAAGAACACAUCCGGGCCUGGACAAAAUGACCAUCAAGUACAUUGCUCUCGGUGCAUCAUGGGCCUCUAUUGCGGUGGUGUUUGUUAUUAUUUCCAUCGUUGUGCGCCGUCAGCGUACAACCAAGCGGAGGAGGAUGGUCCUGUAUCACGAUGACUCAGAGACUCUUGCCGCCGACUCUGCAAUGACCAAUGCUGAAACAUUCGUUGUACCAACAGCUUAUAGAAGUACAGAUAAUGAUAGUGUCAUUCAAAAUCGCGCGUUUUCGGAAUAUGAACAUGAUGUGAAUGACUCAUGAUUCUACUGGUUUGAAUUACAAUGCUUAAGUUUUACUGUUUUAUCUGAUAUUUUAUUAAUUCGAGAAAAACAAUAUUAUUGUAUUGCAAGGUGGCAUAUCAUCAUGGCAUUUAUUAGAAACAAAACGAUAUGAUAAAAUAUCUUCAGUUGAAAAAAACAAAUAAGUCUCUUCUCGAUUUGAAAAAAACUACCCUGGGUGGAUGGUUCGAUUAUGUCAUCGGUACCAAUGUUUGUCUUAGGAUCGGACUGAAAUGGAGAUUAAGUGAUCAUGGUAUGUGAAAACUCCAUCAAUUUGAUUUUCCCCAAUAAAAUAUGUUUAAAUCAAAUGGUAUGUGACUUGGGUGUCAUCGUGUCCCGAUGGCGUCGAUCGUUGUUCAUGGUAAAUCUAUUUCUAAAACGUUUUCUUCACUUAUAAUCAGCACUUGUGCACACUAGACGUAAUUCAAACUUAACUUUUCGGGUGUUUUUUUCAGUUUCAACAAAAUCAGUAAAUGCACUAUCGUGCCACUGGAUUUUCUUGGUCAUCGAUCACUUGCAAUUGAUUGUCUGGUUUGUUUACAGGCAGCUGUCGCAUGGCAGGAGUACUGCUGUGCGGCAUCAGGCAAUGAGUGCUUCGGUUUUUUUAUGAAAUUGUGUGAAUGACGGGUGCUACCGGUACGGCAGGACAGGCUUACCCUUUUCGCGAACACCUAGCGUCAUCAAUGGUGUCAUCGCUGAGCACUGGUUUAUUCAUAUACUUUUAACAUGCAGGAAUCUGGUGUGUUUUUCGGAUAAUCUAGACUGGUUAUUCUCUUGCAAAGACAAUUUCUAUUCAGUCACUGAUUUGUCUCCAUUUUAUUCAAGCUGACGUGUUUUAGCUGACUAUCAUUAAUUGCAUCGUUCAUGGACAUGUUGGUCAUGAUAAAAAUCGAAAGUUUUUGUUUCUUUAUGUUGCAAAUUAGUUAUUACAUUGCCUAUAUGUUGUUUGUUUUUUGCUGUACGCCGCACUCGGCAAUUUCUCAUCAAUAUGACGGCGGUCUGUAAACAAUCGUGUCAGGGCGAGACAAUUCAGUACUUGGUAUCAUGAGCAUCGAUCUACUUAAUAAGGAUACAAUGACAUUCAUCAACCAAAUCUAACAUUCCGAUCUCAUUAGUUGCCUCUUACAAACACAGGUUGCUAUAUAUUUAGUGUCAACUAUGUAUCUCACGACACGAUCAGAUAACGCACAGUGGAACUUCGCGUGAUCAAAGGAAGACAACUCUGGCUGGUUUAUGGCCAAUGCGCGAGGAGAAUGUUUUUUCAUGCACACAUUAUUUUAGCCUCAAUUGGACAUAGUUGCCCUUAAUGUCAACAGUAACUGCUAAUAUUACUACUAUACACUAUAAUGACAUUUGAACAACAUCAUAGCUGAUGAAUUAA